AUGGGCAGUUCUGGUGUCUUAAAAUUUCAUGACACAGUAAAAAAAUUUAAAAAAAAAAAAAAAACAAUUAAGGGUGUAAAGAUUGCAGGGAACGAAGCAAAUGAUAUACAGAAAGCAGGGGAGAGCAAUAGUUCCUCCUCUGCAGAAUCAACCCCUAAGCAAUUUGUGGGUUUGCAGAUUGAGUCACCGUACAUUGGCGGUGGUGCCGCCACUAAAGAUGCCGUGCUCCACCACGCGCCCACCACCUUGCUGGUGCAUGGUGACGAAGGAGACUACCCUCCUGUCCAUAACUUCCAGAGUGCCAAAAAUAUAUGUUACGUAGAGUCGGUAAAGUUAUGGUCUAUUGCAGGUCCAAUUGCUUUCAAUAUUCUCUGCAAUUACGGGGUUAACUCUUUUACAAAUAUCUUUGUUGGACAUAUUGGAGAUGUCGAGCUCUCUUCAGUUGCCAUUUCUUUAUCUGUUAUUGCAAAUUUCUCAUUUGGAUUCUUGAUGGGCAUGGGAAGUGCAUUGGAGACUAUAUGCGGACAGGCAUUUGGUGCCGGACGCAUAGAUAUGCUCGGGGUUUACAUGCAAAGGUCAUGGAUAAUCCUAGUUGUGGCCUGCUUCUGCAUAUUGCCGCUUUACAUAUAUGCCACUCCAAUCCUAAAGCUCUUAGGCCAACGCGACGACAUUGCUGAAUUUGCAGGCAAAUUCACCAUCCAAGUCAUCCCUCAAAUGUUUUCGCUUGCCAUCAACUUCCCCACACAGAAGUUUCUGCAAGCUCAAAGUAAGGUCGCGGCUCUAGCGUGGAUUGGUUUCGUGGCUCUGUUGCUUCACAUUGUUGUGCUGCAUCUGUUCAUUAGUGUGUUUGGGUGGGGCACAGCCGGUGCUGCCGCAGCUUAUGACUUAUCGGCAUGGGGGGUGGCCUUGGCUCAGGUUGCUUAUAUUGUUGGAUGGUGCAAGGAUAGUUGGAUGGGACUGUCUUGGUUAGCCUUCAAGGAGCUUUGGGCCUUUGCAAGGCUCUCUGUGGCUUCAGCUGUCAUGCUUUGCCUUGAGAUUUGGUACUUUAUGACCAUCAUUGUUCUCACUGGACAUCUUGGGGACCCUGUUAUUGCAGUUGGAUCCCUUUCUAUUUGCAUGAAUUUGAAUGGGUGGGAAGCCAUGGUGUUUAUUGGAAUCAAUGCAGCUAUAGGUGUUCGGGUUUCUAAUGAACUUGGAGCAGGACAUCCCAGAGCUGCCAAGUAUACAAUCAUCAUCACAGUAACCGAAUCUCUCCUUAUUGGUAUAAUUUCCAUGUGGAUUAUCAUAGCAACAAGAAACCAUUUUGCUGUCAUCUUUACUGACAGCAAGGAGAUGCAACAAGCCGUGGCUCGGUUGGCUUACCUUCUGGCUGUAACCAUGGUGCUCAACAGCGUUCAGCCAGUUAUAUCAGGUGUAGCUAUUGGAGGAGGGUGGCAAGGGCUGGUGGCUUACAUUAAUUUGGCUUGUUAUUACAUCAUUGGUCUCCCUCUCGGGUUUCUUCUAGGUUACAAAACAAAUUUAGGAGUUGAUGGGAUUUGGAUGGGCAUGAUAUUUGGUACUUUUCUGCAAACAAUGAUCCUAUUGUUCAUUACAUGGAAAACAAACUGGAAUGAGGAGGUAAUAUUUAAUUAUUACUAUAAUAAGACCUAAUUUUAGUAUGUUUACCACAAGAUUAUCCAGAUUUUGG